CUAUUUCUCUCUGCAGCUCUUGGUCAGAUAAUGCUUUAUGUGGAUGGGAUGAACGGCCUCAUAUCUCACAAUGAAACGGUGCAGUGGCUUUACACUUUGGUUGGAUCAAAGUUUCGCCUGGUGGUGAAGACGUCCCUAAAGCUGUUGCUGGUCUUUGUUGAGUACACCGAAAGUAAUGCUGCCCUGCUCAUAAAAGCUGUGAACACUGUGGACACCAAAGGAGGUAUCCCUCUGUCUCAGCUCAGUCUUAUCACAUCGCGUCUGUGGUUACGCAGGAAACUGUGGUCCAAUGUCAUAGAAAUUCUGGAUGAGAAAGAUGGAGUGGAUACAGAGCUGCUUACUCUGGCGGGCCUUCCAGAUCAGGACUCCUACUACGAUAUGGUGGACUGUCUGGAGGAGCAGGGUAUUGAAGCCACAGCGCAGAGACACCUGAGCAGAAAAGGCACCGACCUUGAUCUGGUGGAGCAGUUCAACAUCUACGAGAUGAGCCUUCGACACGAGGAUGGGGAUGAUGAAACCCAGAUGCCCCCGAGCGUCCGAAAGGACCGCCGGCGGGCCAGUGUCAGCAGCACCAAUGAGAGACGAGGCCUGGAGAGAAGGCGCAGCCGGAGACAUUCGCUUCAGAACAGCAGAGGCCAUCUUUCUGCCCCAGCAUCCCCCAGCAGCCCCCACAGUCAUGCCAACAGCUUCCUGUCGCCCAGCAGCCAACGGGUGGAAGAUAUCAGUGAAAGAGAAGAGGAAGAGGAGGAGGAGGAGGAGGAGGGGGAGGAGGAGGAUGAUGAGGAUGAGGAUGAGGAGGACGAGGCAGAUGAUGAAAGCCAUCCCGUGACUGAGUCCUGUAGACAGGACGCUCACAGUCUGACAGAAACUACUUCUCCCACAUCUUGCUCGCCUAGAAAGCCCCGCUGGGCUGAAAGAAUCACUCCCAUUAGGACUCCAUACCCUGGCAGGCACCAGACUACUACGUCACCCAUCCAUCCCCUCACUGCUUCAGCGCCCUCAACACCAGACUUAAAACUUGACAGACCGGCUUUAGGGGGCUUGCUCACUUCAUCUUACAGACAGCAUCAGGAGUCUCUUGCUGCAGAGAGAGAAAGGAGACGUCUGGAAAGGGAGGAGCGUCUGCAGAGGAUUGAGAGAGAAGAGAGGAACCGCUUUAAUCGAGAUUAUGUUGACAAGAGAGAGGAAGCCAGACAAGCCCGAGAGGAGAGGUACAAGGCAGUGGAGCGGCUUGCUGCAGAGGAGUUUGAGCGGGAGCGACCCAGAGUGCCGACAAGAGGCCGGACGGAGAUCACUCUGUCUUUGAGUCCUACGCCGGCCAGCCGCUCAGCAUCCCGCUGUGCCACACCCUCAUCCAUUAUCUCACAGGAGGAUGCCACCACUACUGCAGGCCCUGUGCUGGAACAAGUCUCAGAUCCACACAUUAUUCCCGUGACCAGAGCCAAAAGCCCACCACCAGAGUUACCAGCAUCAGGACCUUCCCCUGAGCCUCAGAGUGAGCCAGACCAGCAGCACACUGACGCAGACGCUCCUGCAGAGACAGGGCACAGUAAUGAGGCGCAGUCUGGUGAGGAGGUAGCAGCAGAGCUAGUUUCAGAGGAACAGUCAGACAAGGAGAAAGAGGACAAGCAGGAGCCGAAGGAGCAGAGAGUGGACGAGGUAGGAGUUGAGGAGACAGAGGUAGCGGCCGGAGCGGAGGUAAGUCAGCCAGACGUGGAGUUAGAGGGGGAAUCUGAGAAAGUGCAGCCGACAGAAAGAGAUGUGGAAGACGGUAUAUUGUUGAGUGAAAAGGAGAGACAGAAUGAGGAGGUGAAUGAAAAGGACAACUGCUCUGCGUCCAGCAUCUCGUCUACAAGUAGCACUCUGGAGAGGGAGGAGCGGGAGGAGAAACUCACCCCUGACACUGAAGCAGGUCACUGGACUCACUGCGGUAAAGAGGCAGAUUUGAAUGACCAGAGCAAGAAAAUUCUUAACAGCAAGCGUUUCAUGUUGGACAUGCUUUAUGCUCAGAAGACACCUGCUGAGAACGAUGGGAGUGCAGGAGAACCAGAGAAGGAAAAAUGUGAGAAGGAGACAGACAUGAGUGACUCUGUGGCCAGUUUGGCCAGCAGGAUCUCCACUCUGGAGGCGAACAGGCAGGCGCGGGAAGAAAAUGUCCGAAAACUGGAGGUGGGACAUCUGGACAACCAGGGCAGUGUCCGAGCAGUGGCGGAGAAGUUUGGAGACUUAGUCAAGGGUCUGACAUCCCCACCAGAGACCGAGGCCCUCAAAGAGCAGGAGCAGACGGACAAACCAUCAACUACUGCCUCACCAGCCGCGCCAGCCUCUCCUCCAAAGAAAGAGUCCGACCACAUCUGGGAUCAGCUAAUGGCCACGCCCAGGGAGCUGCGGAUCAAGGAAAUGGACUUCACAGACCUGAAAGAAGAGGACGACUUGGACAUUUUAGAUACGGACCGUGCAGUGGGGUCACGUGACCUGAUCCCACCACUUCCCCCUCAGCUCACCGUCCUCCCACCACCGCCACCCCUCUUUGGUUGUCCCCCACCUCCUCCCAUUCUUGGCAAAAUGAUGCCCCCACCUCCUCCAUUCAUGGCUCCUAUUCCACCGCCCUCCCCCCAGCUCAAUCGAGGGGAGGUGCCUUUAUUCCAGAAAAAGAAGAAGACCAUCCGUCUCUUCUGGAACGAGGUGCGGCCCGUGGAUUGGCAGUGUAAGAAUCAUAAAUUCUGCAAGGAGUCCCUGUGGUCCAAACUGGAGCCAGUUAAACUGGACACAUCCAAACUGGAGCAGCUGUUUGAGUCCAAAUCCAAGGAGUUGCCGGUCACAAAGAAAGCAGCAGUUGAUGGCAAACGACAAGAAAUCAUUGUCCUCGAUUCGAAACGGAGCAAUGCCAUCAACAUCGGAUUGACUGUCUUACCUCCUCCUCGCACAAUCAAGACAGCUAUCCUCAACUUUGAUGAGUAUGCACUAAACAAGGAAGGCAUAGAGAAAAUCCUCACAAUGAUCCCCACUGAGGAGGAGAAGCAGAGGAUCCAGGAGGCUCAGCUGGUCAACCCCGACAUUCCUCUGGGCAGUGCUGAGCAGUUCCUCCUCACCCUCUCCUCCAUCACAGAGCUGUCUGCUCGCCUGCAGCUGUGGGCAUUCAAGAUGGACUAUGAGCUUAUUGAGAAGGAAGUGGCAGAGCCGCUGCAGGACCUGAAGGAAGGAAUGGACCAAUUGGAGAAGAAUAAGACUCUCCGAUAUAUCCUGACCACACUACUAGCCAUUGGUAAUUUCCUCAAUGGCUCAAAUGCAAAAGGCUUCGAGUUGAGUUACUUGGAGAAAGUCCCCGAGGUGAAGGACACGGUUCAUAAGCAGUCCCUGCUGCACCACGCCUGCUCCAUCGUGGUGGAGAAGUUUCCAGACAGCACUGAUCUCUACUCUGAGAUAGGAGCCAUCACCCGCCUGACCAAGGUUGUGGACUUUGACCAGCUUCAAGACAAUCUGGCUCAGAUGGAGCGAAGGUGCAAAGCAUCAUGGGAUCACCUCAAAGUCAUCGCGAAACAUGAGAUGAAGCCAGCACUGAAGCAAAAAAUGUCUGACUUUCUCAAAGACUGCGCAGAGAGAAUUAUAAUCCUCAAGAUUGUUCAUAAAAGAAUUAUCAACAGGUUUCAUGCUUUCUUGCUGUUCCUGGGCCAUCCCAUUUAUGCAGUGCGUGAGGUCAGCAUACAUCGCUUUAGCAAGAUCCUGAGUGAGUUUGCCCUGGAGUACCGCACCACACGAGAGCGCGUGCUGCAGCAGAAACAGAAGAGGGCCAGCCACAGAGAGAGGAACAAGACCAGGGGGAAAAUGAUAACAGAUAGUGAGGAUGACGAUGAUAGUGAGAGUGGUAAAUUUGGCGGCGCCCCAUCGGACACGCAAGAGAGCCAGCCUCAGGGCAUCCAGUCCGCUGAGGAUGCAGCGGAACACGAGAACAUGAAGGCUGUUCUGAAGAGUAACUCUCCGGGAGGAGAGAGCGGGACCUCCGCCGUGCCUGGCCUCCGCACCCGCACCAGGGCCAGCAGCGGCAGAGGUAACUGGGGAGAGCAGACUUAUCUUGCGCCUGCUGUUUUUCCUGUAGGCCGUGUUGCCCCCUGGAGCUCGGCCAGCGACGACCCCGUCAACUGCACUGAUGACACAGCUGAUGAGAUCAUGGAGAGGAUUGUUAGGUCAGCCACUCAGGGCCCCGGCCAGCGGACGCAACCUCGAGAAAGGAGGCGAUCCCGAGCCAACCGCAAAUCACUGAGGCGGACACUGAAGAACGGCCUGACGACAGAGGAGGCCAACGCUCUGGGUUUGUCCAGUAGCUCAGAGAUGCUGGUGUGAGCUGGGUCCGCUUCCUGCUGGACUUUUUAACGCCUGUAGGCCCUUUCACUGCCUCCCACCAACCCCAGCCGGAAACCUACACACUCCACUCCGGCUCGGCACUAAACCACCCCAGCUGGGAUGAGUUGAUCUCAUCUUUUUACGCGUCUGGUUAGCAAACAUGUAGGCUUGGGCACAAGUGCUUCCUGAAAAAGACGGAGAGGAUAAAAGUCUGAGCAACAUUGCAAUCAUGAACCGGUGGGCAAGAAUUUAAAAAGAAAGAGCACGGCGUUGCCGGAUAAACAGAGACGAUGCGCUUUUGCAAGGCUUUCUCGCAACUGAACAAUGAAACACAUCCACAAAGUUAGUUUUUUUUUUUUCCCUUUGGUUUUUCUGUGUGUUAGGCUGGGCCAUCAAAGCGGUAGGCAGUGCACGUGCUUCCAUCUUAAAUCCCCGUAACCUUGCCCGAUUCCACGAGAGCCAGACGUGCAGAGCAGACACCCAGAGCCCUGGAAUGACUGUUUCCUGGGGUUCAGCAUCGGCCCUCCAGCUUCAGCAGCAAACUGAGCUGAAAGACCUUUCAUCUAUUGAAUAGAUGGCUUUGUGCAGAGGAUUAUUCUACUAUAUACUACUGUGGUUGUUUGGCAUUUCAUUUUGCUCGAGAAGGUGCUCUAUUAAGGAACAAUUGCACUGGAUGUAAACUCUUGGUAUCAAUGGAAUGUGAGAUCCUUGACACUGAUGAACCACUUUUUGACAUCUGAGUCUAAACAAAAUAACUCUUAACCAGCAAUCCAACAGUAGCACAGUUUUUACACGAAUAAUCAGUGGUGACAGAUUCAGUUCGUUUCCAGGAGACGGAAUUUAACGGCGUGGAUAUGUUUUGGGGUUUUUUUAAAGGUGACAGGGAGUCGAAACGCUCACUCAAUGUAGGAUUAAAUAGUGGUGCCACUCGCUCCACUCUGAAGCUCAUCACUUUAAGAUUUCCAGCCUUAGCAAAUGCAGACGUAGAGGACCGAAAAGCCGGAAACACAUAGAGGGAAGGCAGGCACAGCAGGUGAGCAACCUUUAUAGAGCUUUUAUUUUGUGGAAAGCUGCACAUUUCAGAGUGCCUUGCAGACACCGUUAUUUAUUAAGAAGUUUUCAGGGACAAACUGUCAGUGGGGAGGGGGAGGUUAGAGGA